AUGUAUCUGCCCACGGCACUCGCACGGCCUACACUCCCGCCCAAUCCCACGGCCUACACUCCCGCCCAUUCCCACGGCCUACACUCCCGCCCACUCCCACGGCCUACACUCCCGCCCACUCCCACGGCCUACACUCCCGCCCACUUCCACGGCCUACACUCCCGCCCACUCCCACGGCCUACACUCCCGCCCACUCCAACGGCCUACACUCCCGCCCACACCCACAGCCUACACUCCCGCCCACUCCCACGGCCUACACUCCCGCCCACUCCCACGGCCUACACUCCCGCCCACUUCCACGGCCUACACUCCCGCCCACUCCCACGGCCUACACUCCCGCCCACUCCAACGGCCUACACUCCCGCCCACACCCACGGCCUACACUCCCGCCCACGCCCACGGCCCACAUUCUCCCCCACACCCUAG